AAGCACCGCCUCCAUCCUGAACAAUUGUCACAAACCCUAAACCCUGUACUAGGAUAUCAAAAGACGAAAUCUAUGGAGGACAGCUUCAAGGUUCGAGUUGAUAGGGCAUUCGGAUCUCUCGAAGCUUCUUCUUCAUCUACAAUCAAAUCAACAUCGUCGUCCUUAAGCUCUCUCUGGUGCCUCACCGACGAAGAGAUCAAGAGAAACGAAUGGAUUCAAGAUAAAAUCACCGUUCACAAAGACAAAGAUGAAGAACACAUCCACCGUCUCAAAACCCCCAAAAUCUAUUCUUCCUUUCUACAAGGCCUUCUUGCCGAACCCUCAACUUCUCAUCAAGACCUGGAGUCUGACAUUCAAGAGCUUGAGGACGAAGAAGACGAAGAACAACAGCCACCGCUGUCGAAACCGGACGAUCAUAGCAACGACGACUGGAAUAUUCGAUCUUCCGUCGGCAUGGACUGCACUCUCGACAACGAGGAAGAGGAAGAUGGUUACGACAAGGUGGCAUUAGGCAAGGAAGAAUCUACAGAUCGUUUUUACAUGAGAGACGUGAACGAUUAUGAAGUCGAGAUGGAUUCCAACAAUGAGCUUCCGGACUCGAUCACCGAUGUUAUCAGGGAUCCCCGAGCGAAUCACAUGGCUGCAAAACUCAGGCUUAAAGAAGACGAAGAAUCUGCUAGAAAAUUGGGGUUGCAGGUUUCCGAAAACAACGUACAAGAAUCAACAACGACGGAGAAUCAGAUCUCUACACCUUUUGUUCCAGAUUAUGGGUCUGGUGGUGGUGGUGACAUGGAGAUUGAAGAUGUUUCCAUGGGGUCUCAAACAUCAAUUGUGUUUACUCCAAGAAAGAAGAAGUUGAGUGAUGAUACGAUGAAGAAAAGCAAGGUAGAUGGAGGAUACAAGAAAGUUGUUCCUGCUGGUAUUGCUGGUGAGGAUGUUGAAGACAGUGGGGGGGUUUGUGUGAUGGAUGAAGAUGAGGCUGAAAUGGCGAUGAAUAAGCAGAGAGGUGGUCGGAGGUAUAGGACGAAGGCUAGUUCUGAUGUUGAAUGAGUUUGAGGUAUACAGAGUGAAUAGAAGUUAUAAUAUGCUACUCUUGGAACUGAGAUACAAAUCCAUUUUCUGCUAUUUAUGAAUUAUGAAAGUUGCAAGGAUAAAAAAAAUAUUUAAUUUAUAUUAAAGUUACAUUUGAUAUUUUGAUCAUUAAGGUGUAUUAAUUUGUGUUCUGAUGACACUCUUAAACCCUUAAUGCAAAGUAUAAAAUAAUGACAACCUCAAGUUUGUGC